CCAGUAUUUUGGAGACAGCAAGGAAAGAACAGAAGUGGGGCCUCAUCCUUCGCUUUUCAACACAAGAGAAAAAGAGGACUUGUUCUUCAGCAAGUUGCGAAAAUAAAUCCAUAAUAUUUUAUAUUUAGGAGUUUGGACACCCAGGUACACCAACCAGCCUCUCCUCAGUGUGUUUUGCAAACAUUGCAAGAGAACCCUCUGUGUAGGGCAAUUGAAUUGUCUUCUGCCUUGCCUGGUGUAAGCUGUGAGGUGCCCAAGUCUCAUGUGGCUUGAAAUUGUUUGCUUUUGUUUUCCAUCCUCAUCAGCAGAAGCCAUGGAUCACACUCUGAAGUGGGGAACACUCCCACCCAAGCGCCCAUACCUCAAGCUCUUUCAGCUCUUGGUGCUGGCUGGUCUUUUUUACUUCUGUUCAGGUGUUAUUCAGGUGACCAAAACAGUGAAAGAAGCAGCGAUGCUAUCCUGUGAUUACAACAUAUCCACUGAAGAACUGAAGAGAGUUCGCAUCUACUGGCAAAAGGAUAAUGAAAUGGUGCUGGCUGUCAUGUCUGGAAAAGUGAAGGUGUGGCCCAGGUACGAGAACCGCACCAUCACUGACGUCACCAAUAACCUCUGCAUUGUGAUCCUGGCUCUGCGCCUAUCAGACAAUGGCACCUACACCUGUGUUAUCCAGAAGCCUGAGAAAGGGUCUUACAAACUGGAGCACUUGACUUCGGUGAAGUUAAUGGUCAGAGCUGACUUCCCUAUCCCUAGUAUAACUGAUCUUGGAAAUCCAUUUCCUAACAUCAGAAGGAUAAUUUGCUCAACCUCUGGAGGUUUUCCAAAGCCUCACCUUUCCUGGUUGGAAAAUGGAGAAGAAUUAAAUUCUACCAAUACAACACUUUCCCAGGAUCCUGAAACUGAGCUCUACACGAUUAGCAGUGAACUGGAUUUCAAUAUGACAAGCAACCACAGCUUUGUGUGUCUUGUCAAGUAUGGAGGCUUAACAGUGUCACAGACCUUCACCUGGCAAAAAUGCUGAGUGAGGCUUGAGGAUGGAUGAGGAGUGACCUCCAAGAGGAAGCCAGUAGUGAGUUGGAACUUGUGACACAUCUAGACUCCCAGGAUAAUAACAAGAGCUUCUUUGUUAUUUUGGGUGUCAUUCUGGUCUGCAGAGGCCAACCCUGCUAAUCACUCAAUGUCUCCACCCAAUCUGGUGUUUUAGAGAAAAAAUUAAAAAAUGACUUUCCCUAGUCUCUAAGUAAUAGGUGCUCUAUGGUCAAAUGUGCAUUUUAUAAUGAUCACUGUGGCAGAAUGUGUAGGAAUUAUUAAAGCCUAGAAAACCAGAGGCAACGAGACCAAAAUAAAGUCGACUAAGUUGGAGAUCAGAAAAACCUGAACGAAGGCAGUUGCUGCAGGAGAUUUGGAGAAAAGGAAUCAGUUGCAGAGAUUUUCUCAAUACAGCAUAGAAAGCCAGUGGGAGCUACUGGGCAGUGAGCACAAAGGCAAGCCUCCCCUUUUAUUUGGGUCACUGAUGGUGUUGCCAUUCAUUGAAAUGGGAGAAUGCAGGUGGUAGAUAAGCUUUGGAAAGAAUAUAUGGAUACUGAGUUCAAUUUUAGUCAGGUGGAGAUGCUGGCAUCCAACCAUAUAGUCAACGGCUGGAAAUACAAAUUUGGGGCUCAGAAAUGAGAUCAGAAAUAUGGUAUAUGGAUUUAGAAAUCAGCUGGUGUUUCCAAACUUGGGUGUGGAUGAGAUCACCCCAUGAUUACUGGGGCCAGUGAGAGGAGAAUGGGACCACAGAUGGAACCAUGGGGAACAACAGUAGUUAAAGGACAAGAAGAGGAAGAAGAGCCUACAGAGAAAACUGAGUCACAACAAACAAACUGAAGAAUGUGGUGUCAUAGACGUCCCAGGAGGAAAAGUGUCA